AUGAUGAUGACGUGCCGUCUGCUGUGCGCCCUUUUGAUACUCGCCCUGUGCUGCUGCCCGUCCGUAUGUGUGAAGACGGCUGUCUUGGAAGGAGGUAAACGCAGUAAGGACUCCGAUGCACCAGAAAAUAUAAGUGGGGAAAACGGUCGGCAAAAUGGAAAGGAUGGGAGCCCAGAACUGAAGAGCAAAGAGUCAGAGGAUGAAAGUGCGAGCGGUACGCAACUCAAAGAAGCUAGGUCCACCGAUGGGACGUCCAAGAGUGAUCGUGCGUCCGAUGAGCCAGGGAAAACAAGCACUGUGGAUCAAUCCGCAAAAAAACCAAAAUUGGAGGAUCCUGUGGAAAAAACGACGACCACCACAACGAAUACAACUACAACAAUGGCACCAACUACGACGACCACCACUACAAAAGUGCCAAUUACGUCCACUACUGUGCCUGAGGCACCAAAUACCACAAAUACAGAGGCGCCAACCACGACGACGACCACCCGCGCACCGUCACGUCUUCGCGAAAUCGACGGCAGCCUCAGCAGCUCUGCGUGGGUGUGUGCCCCGCUGCUGCUCGCCGCAUCCGCGCUGGCGUACACCGCUCUGGGCUGA